CAUCUUGCUCUCACCAUGAGCUGCCGCAUACAGAGCUCCUCCGCCAGCUAUGGAGGUGGAUUCGGGGGCGGCUCUUGCCAGCUGGGAGGAGGCCGCAGUAUCUCCACCUGCUCAUCACGCUUUGUCUCUGGGGGAUCAGCUGGGGGCUACGGGGGCGGCAUGAGCUGCGGCUUCGGUGCAGGGGCUGGUAGUGGUUUUGGCGGAGGCUUCGGAGGGGGCUUUGGAGGUGGCCUUGGAGGUGGCUUUGGUGGGGGUUUUGGCGCUGGCUUUGGUGACUUUGGUGGCAGCGAUGGCGGCCUCCUCUCCGGCAACGAGAAGCUCACCAUGCAGAACCUCAACGACCGGCUGGCCUCCUACCUGGACAAGGUGCGCGCCCUGGAGGAGGCCAACGCCGACCUGGAGGUGAAGAUCCGGGACUGGUACCAGAAGCAGAGCCCCAGCAGCCCGGAGCGGGACUAUAGCCACUACUACAAGACCAUCGAGGACCUGCGGGACAAGAUCCUGGCGGCCACCAUCGACAACAACCGGGUCGUUCUGGAGAUCGACAAUGCCAGGCUGGCUGCGGACGACUUUAGGCUCAAGUAUGAGAACGAGCUGGCCCUGCGCCAGAGCGUGGAGGCCGACAUCAACGGCCUGCGCAGGGUGCUGGACGAGCUGACCCUGACCAAGACCGACCUGGAGAUGCAGAUCGAGAGCCUGAACGAGGAGCUGGCCUUCCUGAAGAAGAACCAUGAGGAGGAGAUGAAGGAGUUCAGCAGCCAGCUGGCCGGCCAGGUCAACGUGGAGAUGGACGCGGCCCCGGGCGUGGACCUGACCCGCGUGCUGGCGGAGAUGAGGGAACAGUACGAGGCCAUGGCCGAGAAGAACCGCCGGGACGCCGAGGAAUGGUUCCACAGCAAGAGUGCAGAGCUGAACAAGGAGGUGUCUUCUAGCACCGCCAUGAUCCAGACCAGCAAGACAGAGAUCACAGAGCUCAGACGCACCCUCCAGGGCCUGGAGAUUGAGCUGCAGUCCCAGCUCAGCAUGAAAGCCGGGCUGGAGAGCUCGCUGGCGGAGAUGGAGUGCCGCUAUGCCAUGCAGCUGCAGCAGAUCCAGGGGCUCAUCGGCGGCCUGGAGGCCCAGCUGAGCGAGCUCCGCAGCGAGAUGGAGUGCCAAGACCAGGAGUACAGGACGCUGCUGGACAUCAAGACGCGGCUGGAGCAGGAGAUCGCCACCUACCGCAGCCUGCUGGAGGGCCAGGACGCCAGGAUGACUGGCUUACCCUCCUCAGGAGGAAGCACCGGCGUCACUGGCACCACUGCCUCCCCUCCCAGUCGCCGCAUUUCCGACACCCGUAAGCCUUAAAUCCACCCGGCCUCCUCUCCCUCUGUCUUCAGCACCCAGAGGAGAGAGAUGACAGGUCCCUGCAGGAGAGAGGGAGGGACCGCAGGACGCUCAGGACACCCGCCCCCCGGGGCUCUCCCGAGGGCGGGCGCUCUGCGCUUCU